GGCCCACACCUCCAAAGCCCAAAUUUAAUAUAAUUGCUACUUGUUCUCCUUUCCCUUUUUCCUUUUUUGGUUCAGAUUAUCUGCACCAGCAAUGGAUGACGUAAUGCGAGUCAUCAUUUUCUUGAAAACAUAGUUGUGUCCUGUGUCGCCUGUUAGCAAAGGUGGGCGAUCAUAGUCGGUGUCACCGAUCACUGGGUUAAGACAGCGGCGUGGUGGGCGAUGGGUUCUAAAUUUCCAUUUCCUAACCCUGUCUGUCUCCGAAACUGCUCUAGUAUAGGGUUUCUUGGUAAUUACAAUUUACUGAGAUUGUCAUUUGAAAAAAUCAAGACUUGACAAUCGCGCGAAUCUAGGACGCCCAUAUUCUUCUCUUCUUCCGGAUAUGUUCGGUUCUUGCAGCUUGGGAAAUAAAAUACUGCUGUAGAAUUUAAAAAAUUUCACCAAUAUUUUCGGGUGGUGCUGGUGGCUGAGAUGGCUGACAAAUCUUUCCCCACGCAGUUGAUUUCCGGCGAUGGGGAUUUCAAUGCGGCUGACUUGCGAAACUUCAUCAACUCCGUAAAGCUUCAUGAGUGUGGCCUCUCCUACGCGGUCGUUGCCAUCAUGGGCCCUCAGAGUAGCGGGAAAAGUACUUUGUUAAAUCAUCUGUUUUAUACGAACUUCAGGGAGAUGGAUGCGUACAGCGGAAGGAAUCAAACCACUAAAGGUGUAUGGAUAGCCAAGGCUGUUGGUAUUGAGCCUUUUACAAUUGUCAUGGACUUGGAGGGCACCGAUGGCCGAGAAAGGGGUGAGGAUGAUACGGCAUUUGAAAAACAAAGUGCACUAUUUGCUUUAGCUGUCGCUGAUGUUGUCCUCAUAAACAUAUGGUGCCAUGACAUAGGUCGUGAGCAAGCUGCAAACAGACCUCUUCUGAAAGUUGUGUUUCAGGUUAUGAUGCGCUUAUUUAGUCCGCGUAAGACAACCCUUCUCUUUGUUAUACGUGACAAAACAAAGACCCCUUUUGAAUACUUGGAACCUAUCUUGAGAGAGGAUAUUCAGAAGAUAUGGGAAAAAGUCUCUAAGCCACAGGAGCACGAGGACACUCCUUUGAGUGAAUUUUUCAAUGUGGAAGUUACUGCCUUGUCCAGUUAUGAGGAGAAAGAAGAACAAUUUAAAGAACAGGUGGCCCAGCUUAGGCAGCGAUUUUUCAAUUCUAUAUCUCCAGGGGGACUUGCUGGUGAUCGACAAGGUGUUGUUCCUGCUUCAGGAUUUUCUUUCAGUGCAGAGCAAAUAUGGAAAGUUAUCAAAGAAAAUAAGGAUCUUGACCUUCCUGCUCAUAAGGUUAUGGUUGCUACUGUGCGAUGUGAAGAGAUUGCCAAUGAGAAGUUUGAUGGAUUGGCAUCUGAUGAGAAUUGGUUAGCCCUGGAGCGAGCUAUACAAACAGGGGCAGUUUCCGGUUUUGGAAAAAGUAUAAGUUCCAUCUUGAAGGCAUAUCUAUCAGAAUAUGAUGCAGAAUCUGAAUAUUUUGAAGAAAAUGUGAGAAAUGCCAAGCGCCGGUAUUUGGAGUCCAAGGCGUUGCAGAUGGUCUAUCCAGCUUACAUAACUAUGUUGGGGCAUCUUCAUUCAAAUGCAUUUAACAAUUUCAAGACUCGACUAGAAGGAUGUUUGGAUAGAGGAGAAAAGUUUGCUGCUUCAGCACGCACAUGCCAGCAUUAUGCAAUGCUUGAAUUCGACAAUGAAUUUGCAGAUGCUGCCAUACAGCAGGCUAAUUGGGAUGUUUCUAAAGUGCGGGAGAAACUUUCUCGGAAUCUUAAAGCUCAUACAUCUCAUGUUCGUAGUGAGAGGUUGUCACAGCUGCUAGCAGAGUAUGAGAGGCAAGUUUCUGCAGCGCUCAAUGAACCAUUGGAGUCCCUUUCUGAAGCUCCUGGGACAGACACAUGGGCUUCUAUAAGAAGUCUCCUUAAACGCGAGAGUGAUGCGGCAGCAUCAGCCUUCUUUUCUGCCCUGACUGGUUUUGAAUUGGACCAGGCAACCAUUGACGAUUUGGUGCAGAAUUUGAAGGAAUAUGCUAGAAAGUUGGUGGAGAAAAAGUCAAGAGACGAGGCUGGAAAGGUUCUGAUUCGCAUGAAGGAUAGAUUUGCUUCUGUCUUCAAUCAUGACAAGGAUUCCAUGCCAAGGGUUUGGACAGGAAAGGAAGACAUUAGAGCAAUUACAAGGGAGGCACGGCUUGAGUCUAUGAAGCUUUUGGCCACGCUGGCUGUCAUACGUUUGGAUGAUACAAAGGAUAAUGUAGAACGUGUGCUUUUUUCUGCCUUCAUGGAUGGCACAGGCUCUGUUCAUUCUCGGGACAGGGAUUUUAGAGUGUCGGGAGAUCCUCUUGCUUCAAGCACAUGGAGAGAGGUUCCUCCAGAAAAGACAUUGAUCACACCGAUUCAGUGCAGAGCAUUGUGGAGACAGUUCAUGGCAGAAACCGAAUAUAAUGUCACUCAAGCAGUUUCUGCACAGGAGGCGCACAAGCGAGGUAACAAUUGGCUGCCCCCACCUUGGGCAAUUGUGGCAAUGGCAGUACUUGGGUUCAAUGAGUUCAUGCUGCUUCUGAGGAAUCCGUUUUACCUUGUAGUAUUAUUUGUGACAUACUUGCUCGGAAAAGCCAUAUGGGUGCAGACAGACAUUCCAGGAAUCUUUGGUAACGGCAUUGUGCCAGGGCUUUUUGCCUUAUCAAGGAGAUUCCCCCCUACACUUAUGAACAUGUUGGGUCGGCUUGCCAGUGAAGGGCAGGACCGCCCCACGCCUCCCCAUCAACAUGCUACUUCUCAGGGCUUCAGACACCAGAGUCAAGCAUCAGAUUCAGUGUCAAGUUGGGUAUGUGAUCCGGCUGAUUCGGAUUCGGAAUCUACAAAUACAAGUUAAGGUCCGUAGAUGUGGAUGUAGAUAUGGAGGGAGAGGGAAUGUGGUGGAUAUUCGAAAUUAGUAUCAGUUGAUUGUAUUAUUAUUAUUACUAGUAUUACUUAAUAAGGUAAGGUGACAGUUCAACGAAGAAUGAAAGCAAUGGAACAAAGGAGCAGUGAGCUCUUGUGCAACAAUAAUGAUGAUAAGAGUAGAUUUUAAUUUGGAAAGGACAGGGAGGGAGGAGGAGUGGGCUUUUGAGUGUGGUGUGGUAGUAUUAUUGUUGUGAUCAUGGAGUGAAAAUGGAAAUGGAAAUGAUAGCAGAUAUGGGUUGGCCAGAGAAACCAGAGAUGAUGAGGUAUGAAUGAAGUUAAUAAUGAAAUGGUUGGUGGUAUUGCCAAAAGAAUAUUAGUAUUAGUAUUAGUAUUUAUUUACUUAUUAAUGGUCAAACUAGUUUGGUGGAGUCGAGUCUUUGCUGACUCUCAUGGGAUUGGAUUGGAUUGGAUUUCGGAUCAUCAUUGUCAUAUUGUCAUUGUCGUCGUCAUCAUCAGCUCAGCUCAACUCCCAACUCUCAACUCUCAACUCAACUCAACAAAUACUGCUACACUUUCUUAAGAUCCUCCCUCAGCUUGUACCCAUAGCUCGCUAACCACUGCUCUCUCUGUUUUUUUCUUCACAUAAA